AUGGGUGAUACGAAUAGACAAGUAGUAGCUGGUGGUAAUGGCAAAGGAAAUCGAUUGGAUCAAUUGAAUGGUCCAACCUAUAUGUUGAUCGACAAAGAGACAGAUAGUCUCAUUAUUUGUGAUUGGGGAAAUCGACGAGUCGUACGAUGGUCUCGUCGUAGUGGGACAACUCAAGGAGAAAUCCUCAUCGACAACAUCGCUUGUUCAAGAUUGGCCAUGGAUUAUCAGAGAUAUCUCUACAUUUCUGACGUCGACAAGUAUGAAGUAAGCCGAUAUCAAAUAGGAGACAAGCAUGGAACUAUUGUAGCUGGUGGCAAUGGCAAAGGUGCUAGUCUCAAUCAACUCAACUAUCCGACCUACAUCUUUGUCGAUCAACAACAGACUGUCUACGUGUCAGAAGAGGGCAAUCAUCGUGUAAUGAAAUGGAAUAAAGGUGCAAAAGAAGGAAUUGUCGUCGCUGGAGAUCAAAGUGAAGAGAAUGCUCUGACACAAUUGUCGCAACCUCAAGGAUUGUUCGUCGAUACAUUGGGUACCAUCUAUGUGGCAGAUUAUGGGAAUUCUCGAGUGAUGCGUUGGCCUAAAGGAGCGAAACAGGGCACUGUCAUUGUGGGUGGAAAUGGCCAGUUGAAUCUUCCUGUCGGUUUGUCCUUCGAUCGACAUGGCAAUCUCUACGUCGCCGAUAGUAAUAAUAAUCGUGUUCAACGCUUUUCAAUCGAAUAG